UUUAUCACAAUUCACGUGUUUUUGGAAUUUGGAUUGUUUUUAUCGAAUUUUUGAAGAAAUCGAGUAUUUAACAAUAUUUUCAAUUAUGUGUGAGUUAUUCAAAAUAUAGAUUCCGUAAUAUUUAAUCGUCAUUUGACUUUAAACCUACAGAUCGUAAGACGUAAAGGCUAUGUUAUAUUAAAAACAUUCGAAACCUUAUCAAGAUCUUAUCAACAAAGAAAACGCUUACAACUAAAGGGAUUGCGGAAUCGCGUAAAAUGGAGAAUGAAACAGAGGAAAUAACAGUGAAACCUGAAUUUGUGCAAAUAGAGGUAAAAGUAGAACCGUUUAUCGUAGAAUCGAAUACAGACACGCAAAACAUAAAAGACGCAGACGAAAGUGAUUCCGACGAGCCAGAAGAUGAUUCUGCUGUUAAAGUGAACUCAAAGGGUAAGAGAAAUAGAGUGCCAUGUCCAAAAUGCGAUCGGACGUUAAAAAACCAAGCGAACUUGAAGCAACAUCUACGAACUGUACACUUGGAAGGAGCUGAGACUGCCGAGUGUUCGCAAUGCUUUCGUGUGUUCAAAUCAAAAGGGUACCUCUGGAAACACAUUCACGUAGUGCACAGGAACGAUAAGGAAGUGAAUUGCAAGGAUUGUGGUAAGGUAUUUCGAAACAAAGGUCGGCUAGACAACCAUGUAUAUUACACGCAUCGCGACGUCACUCCAAUACCUUGUCCACAUUGUGAUAAAGUAUGUAACGGACAGCGGAAACUCAAAUUACACAUACGUAACAUGCAUACAAUACAGGACAACAUUCAAUGCCCGCACUGUGACAAAAUAUUUAGAAGCGAGUUGCUUCUGAAGAAACAUAUCAUCUAUACGCACGCGACAGACGAUAUAGAGUACAAAUGCCCUUGCGAUUUGAUAUUUAUGUCAUACAAACAAUACAAGAAUCACAUGAACAACGUGCACCCAGUCAGACAACCGCGUUGCCUCAUCUGCCAUAAGUCAUACAAAACUCCGGCUAUCGCGAAAAAACACCUACUCGUGUGCCACAACAUACCUGAAGACGAUUUGAACAACCACAUAACCUACAACGAUUUACCCGAACUGAUAAACAAUCUUGAAUGUAGUACAUGCGCAAUUUGCUUCAAAACAUUCUCCAAUAAAGUCUUGUUUCUACGUCACAUGCGAACGACGCAUCCUCCAAAGGAAGCGGAGCAAGCUUGCGAUGUCUGUCAAAAGACAUUCAAAUCGGCGUUCCAUGUAGGGGUACAUAAGUAUGCAGUACAUUAUACUAAGGGGAAACAGACAUGUGAUAUCUGUGGUCGAGAGUUCGCGUCCAAACGGUAUUUAUCACGACACAAAUUGACGCACGUUGUACAUAACUCUGCGCUAUGUAAUAUUUGUGAGGGGAUUUAUCAAUCUGAAGCACAUUUGAGGAUACAUAUUAGACGAAUACAUGGAAAGACUAUUAUUGGUAUUUGAAUUUUGGAAUAAUUCAGUAUGAACAAGAAAAAAAAAAUAAAAAAACAAUUAUGUAUGUUAUCCGAUGAGUACAAUUUGGAGGUCUUCAAGACGAGAGUGAACAGGUACAUUCUAGGGAAGCGCGCUCAAAUUAUUCUGAAUUUCUCAAGGCAAUUACGUUUUCCAAUAUUUUGUAUUUAAAGUUUUUCAAUCCUUGGUGACUUAUUCAUCGAAUAACGUAUUAAACUACCAUUUCAAAGUUGUAUUCUAAUAUUGUCCGUAUAUGACAGUUUACAGGUGACAUUUUUAAAUGUUUGUGUAAUACUUUAUUGGAUGGAUAAAUUUUAACCAAGGAUUGAAAAAUCGGCCCUUAUACAUUAGUAAGAGCUAGCAUGAAAGUGCGCGCACGUAGCGACGCAACUCCCCAUACAAUUGAUGAGAGACAAAAUAGUUGCGGAGACAAAGUUGCUCGUGCGCGCUAGCUCAAAAUGAGCACAGGAUGAAAUUUAUAAUAAUUUUUUAUCUGUGGCUUAUGUCAAAAUAUUGUUUAAAUAUUAAUGUAGCAUUAUUAAUUUUUGGCGGGAACACAAUGACUCCAACACCAUAGUGUUUUUAUUAUUUUAUAUUUGAAAUUACGAAUAGUUGUAAGGUUUUAAAUUUUGUAAAUAAAGAGUUUUAUUAUUGUGCAAAUAAAUGGUUAUUUGAAGCAA